UAGAAGUGCUGGUGAGCAAUGCAAUUGUAAUAAGACAGAGAGAGAGGGAAUGCAGGCAAUAGCAAGAGAUGGCUUUACUCUGGUGGGGAUCUGAAAUGCACUUGCAAUUCUGUGCCCAGUGGAUGUGUUCUUGUUUCCACACCGCUGACUCCAAGCACAUAAUGCCUGGCCUUUAACACACACACUCACAAACACACUCUGAAGAAUGCAGAAUGACUGGUCAGGAUCACUCAGGUCAACAUGUUAUGCCUCACUGUGACCUGCAGGCAAAUGAACAAAUACAAAUCACACAAAUUGCCAUGCUUUGCAGUAACUCCACUGGACCAUAAUUUAGAAUACACAUUAUAUCUUUGACAUUGUACAUGUUCUUGGUACAGGAAUUCGUCAUAUAGUACAUGAUGCAUUCUUAGGCUUAUGGCUUUGCCUGUGGUAAUUUGAUUAAGUACAGCCAAGCAGAGGGGCGUAUAAAAGAAUCAUCAGUUAUGUUGUAAGCAAAGCAACCUCUGAUAAAGAGGCAUCUUGUUUUAGACAGUUUUGUACUAAGUCUAUAGUUUUUGAAGAUCUAUAAGAUGGCCUGGGGGCUGAUAGAAGUUAUGAUUAUCAUUAUUGGCUUAUUUAGAUGCCUGUUAGCCAGGACAGCUACUCUUCCUUACAUGAUAACAUACAGAAUGUUAUACAGCUUUACAAAUGACAGUAUAUGAAUAGAGCUAACUCAGUAUAAUACACAACACUUUAUUCAAAGCAUCAGCAGGGCAUAAUUGUUCUCCAUGAACUCAAUCAGGUGACCUAGAGAAGAGAAAAUAAUACAGCACUCAACACUGGUCAGGACCUUUAACAUCAGCAGUAUAAUAGAAUAGUGUUUCUUGGUAUAGUAUUUAGUAACCAUUGCUUCUGUAAACAUGUUUUUCUGCUUGGUAAUCUAUUGUUCUCUUACGUGUGGGCUACUGCAUUGGAGUAACAUUGCAUUUUCCCGAAGGCUGAAAAACAUGAGGUGUACUGCACUGUCUUUUUUUCUUUGUACUGCUACAAAAGCUUCAUAACUGUCAAUCAGCUGUGCUGGCUAGCUGUCAUUAUAUCGUAUAGGCAGAAAUUUCAGGCACUUGCCUUUUUAGAAAGUGAUCUGCUACUACCUAACAAGCAUUGUCCAUGUCACUGAAGACCUGCCUUAGCUUUUAUCUGUUUGGUGAGCAAAGAAAAAAACACUCUUGACUUAGGCCACUUGACAGUGGCGCCUGGACUGCCCUGCACAAAAACAAAAACAGCAAGCAAAACCCGUCUCGACCUUUAAAAACAAUUGAAAAACUGCAAAAAUGCAUACAGUGUAAAUCUUUCUGCUAAUGUGAGUGAGAGUAUUUGAUGAGCUCUUCUUGUCUCUAGCAUCACCUUAAGUUACCAUCUCUGUGGCAACAUACUGAUGUCCCUGAUGCAGAGAAUGUAAUGAGGGUCCUGUCUUAGAGACAACGUAUGAUGCAUUUACACAGUGUAUGUACACACUCACUCUUAAUAGUGAGUUGGGAACAGAUGUAGACUAUUCCUGUCAGACCAUGCCGUUGAGCAGUUGGCAGCUGAACAACUAUGGGAGCGAGUGCUUUAAUGUAUUGAACUUCCAUUAGAUUGGGAUUCUGUUUGGUCUAAUCUAAGUAAAAUCUCUAAAAAUUUGGCCCAUCGGCUUGUCCACUAUUAAACAAUCCACAGAUCAUGCAACACCUUAUAGAAGGUACUAUAUGCGUCACAUUUCCAACUACAACUGCAGUGUCUGCUUAGUAACUGCUAAAUGGCACAAUUUAUAUUAUUCCAUUCAAGAACUCUAGAGGCUAUUAAUAGAGCAGUGGUAAUUUUCUACCAUGUGUUUUUUUUUGUGUAUUUUUUUUUCUUUAUGAUGUUUGUUUUAUAAACCUUUCAGCUGAACUUGUCACCCUGCCUCUCCCACCUCCUUCUCCUUGUUGUAAAAACCAAAAAAUAUGCAUGUAGACUAUCCAUUGUUGCGUAACUCACAUGUAUGAGCACGGUUGUGUGUGUUAAGAUGUGAAAUAUUAAGAAUGGCAGUUUGUGUAACAUGGUGUACUGCAUUAAGUUCUAUAUAAAUGAUGACACUGCUGGCUUGACUAUAUGUUCCUUGCUCUUCUAACUAUGUAUAUGUGCUGUGUAUUUGUGUAUGUGUAUGCGUAUUUAUUUGUGCUACUCAGGCCAGCAGAGCGCUCAGGGGAGGAUGUGGACAUCAUUCUGGCCAGGCUGAAGGUGGUGAAGGCCUUUGAGAAGUUUCACCCCAACCUCCUGCAGCAAAUCUGUCUGUGUGGCUUCUAUGAAUACCUGGAGAAAGGAAUCACCUUGUAUCGACAGGGAGAUAUUGGCACUAGCUGGUAUGCUGUUCUGUCUGGCUCGCUUGAUGUGAAGGUGUCUGAGACUGCCAACUAUCAGGAUGCUGUAACUAUCUGUACGCUGGGAAUAGGGACUGCGUUUGGAGAGUCUAUCCUGGAUAACACGCCACGGCAUGCCACCAUUGUCAGCCGAGAGAACAGUGAACUCCUGCGCAUUGAACAGAGGGAGUUCAAGACCCUGUGGGAGAAAUACAGACAGUGCAUGGCAGGACUGCUCGCCCCUCCUUAUGGGGUGAUGGAGAGCGGAGCUAGCAAUGACAGAAUACCAGACAAGGACAAUCUCUGCACAGAUCCCCUGAAUUUUAUGUCAAAAAAUCUGAACAAGGUCCCAUCAGAAAAGAUUUUGAGGGCAGGCAAGGUCUUACGUAAUGCAGUUUUGGCGAGAGCUCCCCACAUGAUCAGAGACAGAAAAUACCAUUUGAAAACAUACAGGCAAUGUUGUGUGGGCACUGAGCUGGUUGAUUGGCUAUUACAGCAGAGUUCAUGUGUUCACAGUCGAGCCCAUGCAGUUGGCAUGUGGCAGGCUUUGCUAGAGGAGGGAAUUCUCAACCAUGUGGAUCAAGAGCUUAACUUUCAAGACAAGUACCUGUUCUAUCGUUUCCUUGAUGAUGAAGAGGAGGAUGCGGUGUUGCCUAAUGAAGAUGAGAAACGAGAAGCAGAGGAAGAGCUGCAGGAGACCCUCCUCUUCCUCUCACAGAUUGGCCCAGAUGCACACAUGCGCAUGAUUCUCAGCAAAGUGCCGGGGCAGAGGACACCUGAAGAUCUGGAAAUUAUUUACGAUGAGCUGCUGCAUAUUAAAGCUCUCGCUCACCUCUCCAACACUGUGAAAAGAGAGCUUGCUGGUGUGCUCAUAUUUGAAUCACAUGCCAAAGCAGGCACAGUGUUGUUUAAUCAGGGUGAGGAGGGCACAUCCUGGUACAUUAUCCAGAAAGGAUCUGUAAAUGUUGUCAUCUAUGGCAAGGGGGUGGUUUGCACUCUGCAUGAGGGUGAUGACUUUGGCAAGUUGGCGUUGGUCAAUGAUGCUCCACGUGCUGCCUCCAUAGUUCUGAGAGAGGACAACUGCCACUUUUUACGAGUGGACAAAGAAGACUUUAACCGCAUACUCAGGGAUGUAGAGGCAAACACAGUACGCCUAAAGGAACAUGAUAAGGAUGUAUUGGUGCUUCAGAAGAGUCUUCGCCCCUCCAGCCAUGGAAAUGUCCCUGCCCAUUUCAAGUACACUGUGAUGUCAGGAACCCCAGAGAAGAUUCUGGAACAUUUGCUGGAGACAAUGCGUCUGGAUAUUCAUUUCUCUGACCCAGAUCCUGCUCUGGAUGACUUUGUUCUCAUGCACUGUGUCUUCAUGCCCAACAGCCAACUGUGCCCAGCCCUGCUGGCCCACUACCAUUCUCAGGCGUCUCAGGGUUCAGAGCAGGAGCGCAUGGACUAUGCUGUGGCUAGUAAAAGACGUGUGCUGAGCCUGGCUCUGCGGUGGGCCAAUCUGCAGGUCCACCAUCUACUGGAGGAUGACACUGCGCUCAGCUUUUUAGAGGAGCUGUAUGGUUUUAUAUCAAACGACGCCAGAGUUUUACGCCCACUGAGGGAACUACUACCAGAACUGGAGAAAAUCAUUAGGCAAUAUCCUGACGAUGCUCGAACCUCUCAAAAAAAGCAUAAAGUUCUGUUGCGGCAGUUCAGCUCUGGAGAAGAGAGGCUUGCAAAGAAACAACCAAUCAGGAGCUUUGAUGACAUACUACUGAAAGUGUACUGCAGUGAUCACACAUAUACCACCAUCCGAGUUCCUGUGCUGGCGACUGGGAGAGAGGUGACAGCAGCCGUAGCCGAUAAACUAGGUUCUACUGAGGAGCUACUUCUGAUCAGCCUCAGUUCUUCUGGAGAGAAGCAGAUUCUGAAGCCCAAUGAUGUGUCAGUGUUCCAGUCACUAGGAGUAAAUGGGCGACUGUUUGUCUGUACAAGAGAACAGCUUGACUCACUGGCUUCUCUUCCAGAGCAAGAAGGUCCUUCCACAGGUUCCAUGUCCAGUUUUGAGCUUAUGAGUUCUAAAGACCUGGCUUUUCAGAUGACCCUGUAUGAUUGGGAACUCUUCAGCUGUGUGCAUGAGUAUGAACUGGUAUAUCACACAUUUGGGCGGCAGGCAUACCGUCGCUCCACAGCCAACCUGGAGCUGUUCCUGCGCCGCUUUAACCAAGUACAGCUGUGGGUAGUGACAGAGGUCAGCCUGUGUGGUACCCUCAGUAAACGGGUACAGCUGCUUAAGAAGUUCAUCAAGAUUGCUGCUCACUGCAGAGAGUUUAGGAAUCUCAACUCCUUUUUUGCUAUCAUAAUGGGCAUGUGCAAUCCAGCUGUCAGCCGACUCAGUCAGACAUGGGAGAAGCUACCCAGUAAAUUCAAGAAGUUCUACGCAGAGUUUGAGAGUUUACUAGAUCCAUCCAGGAACCACCGUGUGUACCGCCUCACUGUGGCUAAGAUGGAGCCACCAAUCAUUCCCUUCAUGCCCCUCCUCAUUAAAGACAUGACGUUCACUCAUGAGGGUAACAAGACAUUUGUUGAUGGACUGGUGAACUUUGAGAAAAUGCGUUUGAUUGCUAAUACAGUCCGGGCAGUGAGACACUGCAGGAGCCAGCCCUUCAAUGUUGAGGCAUCUCCAGCCAGUAAGAAUCCCCAGGAAGUGCGCAACUAUGUGCGACAGCUGUCUGUGAUUGACAACCAGAGGACCCUAUCCCAACUCUCCUUCAGACUGGAGCCAAGAAGAACCUAAGAGCCGAAAUGCUCUGUGAUCCCACUCUCCUCUACAGUAUCUACAUUUUCUUUCUUCUUUUUCUCAUGCUCUCUCUCUGAUACAUCUCUCUAUCUCUUCCUCUCUCUUUGACACACAGAAACACUCAUCCAUAGCCAGAAGUGGGUAGCAUAGCCUAAACCAAUAUUCAAGUAAAAGCACUGAAAUAAUAACUCAAGUAAAUGUAGAAGUAUCUCUCCUAGUAUCUUGCAGUUCAAAACCCUACUUAAAGUAGGGUACCAGUGAUUUUUCAGAAUGUUCGUAUAAUUCAGUCGUUGAGAUGUAAAGAAAGUCAUGUAAAGUUUGAUGUAAAAUGCUGCAUUCUAGAGAAAUUUACUGACUCAGAUUUCCUUACACUGGUGGGGACAGGUGCCAGGGGUCACAAUAAAUGUGGCCAUUUUAUUUACUACCCAAAAUGACCAGUGAACCUACACAUCUUCUGAGUUUUUAUAUGUACUGUUGAUGAUGGUAAAAUAGAGGAAAAUCUGAAAAUAUUUGUUUGGGCACUGCAUCGCCCUGUAUCGCCCUACCUCUCAACCUUUAAAUGUAUUAAACAUAAGCGUUUUAGAAAAACCUGUAUCUCAAAACAAUCAUGAAACAAUGUCUCAGGCAUCAGGCAGCAUGUGUAAAAAUUUCACUCUUCGGACAUUUGUUUCCUAACACCACCAUUCCGAACAAUUGUGGCUUUGUAAGUUUCUCUAGAAUGCAUCAUUUCAUACUAAACUACUCUUAUGCAGCAGUUUUGAAAAAUCUAUUAUAAAAAAUCUGAUCAACAUCUAUAUGAAGUAAAGAUUGUUAGCUUCUCUUCUCUAUUUGAUACAAUCUUGGUCUAAAAUAAAAUAGCAAACCUCUAAAGAGGUCUAAGCAACAGUAAAGAAGUAUACAUGCUGUCUGUAAUGGAGUAAAAUGAAAAAGUUAUUGACUGAAAGUUUGCAUGAAUGAACGGAAAGAAAUGAAAGGAAUGACUAAAAUGCAGCAGUAAAAAGUAUGUUACUUUCCUCUCAAGAAAGUUUGAAAAUACUCAGCAAAAUGCAAAUCCAACAACAUUAAUAUGAGUAAAGGUAACCAAGUAAAUGGAACUAGCCACCUCUGUCCAUAGCUUGCAUACAGUGUCCACCAUUAGUAAAUCGAAGCUAUACCUGUCAGCUGCAAAAACUGUUGAAUACUUACUGUGUGUGCUACCACUGCCAAUUGAUCUGUGUGUAUGUAUAAGGGCAUUCAUUUCUGUCCAAAUUUACGUUUUAAAAUAUGUGUAUGCUGGGGGAGACGUGUGUUUGUACAUUCAAAUGCAAAACUAUGAACACCCCUCGUUAAAUGACAUAUUUUAUUGAUUAUUAUGAGUUAGUUAAAACAUGCUUUACAGAGAACAAUCAUAAAUAUUACGUUUUUCCACACAUUUUAAAGCAAAAUCUCUAUUUAUUUGGUAGGUUUACAAAAAAACACAAAAAAAUAUAUAGCUGCAUUUAUAGGGGUCCAAGCACUGUCAGCCUUCAUUGGCACUAUAAGUCUCCAUUGACAUCAUAAGUUAUUGAUAAAUAUUAAUUUUCAGUGUCUUACAAAGCUCUCAAGAUACAAACCUCGCAUUGCUUUAAAUUGUCCUUUGCUUCAGUAAGGACAGCUCUGACAGGAUUUGAACCUGAGCACCUUCUGAUUGGAAGGGAGAUGUUUUCAUGCUGAGCCACAAGUGGCCCAUGUUAACACUACAUUUUUUGGGACAGUUUAUUGGUAGAGAGCAAUAAGGAACACCAUUUUAGGGACUAGUUCCUUUCAGUUAUUGUGAUUAUUAAGUAACAUAAUAGACCCUCUGUUUAUCAUUCUGUACAAAUCUUUCAAAUUUAGUUAUAAUAAAACAAUUGCUGAUAUAUUUGUAGCACUUUAAGUCAAACUAAGCCAGGUCGCAUCAAUUUGUUCAAAUAUUGCUGCCACACUCUGGUUAAAAGUUAUGUUUUUAAUAACUGUUUAUCUUCAGACUCCACAGAUUGUUCUAAGACAAAUUUUGAGGUGAUUUGAUAAAAACUAAAGUAAUAGCACCACCACAUGGCCAACUGAGAUCAAACAUUAUAGGCUAUUAGAAAAUGUCUGUGUGGACCUAUUAUUCAAUUUGUGUGAUGAUUGUCCAGUGCUCUCCAAAUGCCUGUUGAAAUUAUUUUGUCUUCUUUGUCCAGUGAUUGAGUUGUCCCUAAGACCUUACUUAUCAAGUGGCCCAAAGUUGCAGCAUGCAAAUUUUAAGCUUAAUUGGCCAAGUGGCUGCUGAGAAACAGAUUUUUGGUUGUUAUAGUGCCCCUAUUGAACUAUCCUGAUCUGUAGCUAUUUAAGUAAAUUUAGGUCCACCCAGAAAGGCUCAGUUGAUAUGUGGCAGCCAUAUUGUUUACAAAUAUCCAGAUUUUGUAAAUAAGUCUUGACCAGGAGUCUCCCAUCCCAUAUAGAUACAGUGAGGGUUUUUUUAUGGAGUGAUGCAAAGAUUCAGAUGACGAAAAAGGCCUCAGUUCAGGAGAUAUGGGCCAAAAAUGUAAAAUGUUGCUCUGUAGCGCUAUCAGCAGGCCAGUUGGGCUCAAUUUAUUUGCUGGAGUAGUAGGUGCAAAACUACACCUAUGCACCAAAUUUGGUGUCUGGAUCACUUACAGAGCCUACCCUACAAUGUCAAUAGUGUUCCAUUCUCCUAUGGUGCUUGGACCCGUAAUGAAAUAUAAAAUGUGCCAUAACUUUUUCCAAGCCCACAUUUUAUGUUUAUGUUUUACCAAUAUGUUAAAUUAAAAAAUAAACACUAAUUUUGCUAUAAAAUGUGCAGAAGUAAAAGGAUGUGUACUUUUUUUACUUAAUCACAAAACAUGUCAUUUGAUCAGGAAUCCCAAAAGUUUUGCAUACAACUGUAUGUAUGUGUAUUUACUCCAUACUAAUUAUUACUGCCAGUCAUAUCUGCAGAUUUAAAAAUUAACCUCAUUUGCUGGCAUUCGGAGAACUGAUAUUCAGUGUCGAAUGACACAUUUAUUGUGUGUGCGUGUGUGUGUGUGUGUGUGUGCGCGUGCGUGUCUGUGUAUUAGUGUCCUUAGAUUCAACACAAAGUGUGCUAAAACAAUCUGAAUAUGCCUUGUACUUUGAAAAGGCAGUCAAGUCAUUACUAUAGUAGACCAUUACAGUACAGUGUAAUCCUAUUUUCAGUACUUGUGAUACAUCUGUAUGUCCCUCAGAACACUACCUAGUCAUAGAAGGUUUUUGAAGGUCUUUAAAUACUACUUAACUGAGUUAAGGGGGGCCAGUAACUUAAUGAAACAUUACAUGUGCAACUAUGAAACAUCACACUAAUGAUGCUUUGUUAAAUCUCCAGAUCUUGUGUUCUUUUAUUUGAAGCCUUUUAUAGUGGGCUACAUCAGUAUUUUUGCUCAAGGACUAUUUUUAUUGCUAGUAUAUUUCUGUGCUAUCAAUUUACCUCUUGCCAUAGCCUGUAGCAUUUUUGAUGUCUUUUUGUAUAUUCGGACAUAUUUGAAUAUUUUUUGGUUGACAUCAUUUUGUUAAUUUAUAUUUUAAUGAACCUCAGAAUGCCUUGUUUGUUUUCAUCCUGCCUAGGAGAAAGCAUCUCUUAGAAGCUGUAGAGUUCUUUAUCUGUUGGAAUAUGCCUCUACUUACACUGUAUAUAGUAUGAUCUAAAUAAACGUAUUGCUCAAUG